UUUCUUGUUUUUGUGCUUAUGUGAAAUUUACUCAUAAUUGUUAUAAAUUACUUAUGUAUGAAAAUCAUAACACGCACACAUAAAUUUUAUUUAUCCACUUCAAUAAGUUUUAUUUAGUGGGAACCAUCACUUUUAAAUCUGGAAAGCUUUAUAUAAUUUAUGUCAGCAAACAUACUUUUUAAAGAUGAUGCCAAAUUGCAAAAAAAUAUGUAGUUUCACACAUAAUAGUUAAACGGAAAAUUUCUUCGGUGUACGGAAGUUGGACACGGCCUCCCACAGUCGCUACGUCAACUAUAUCCUUCCGAAGCUACCGAGGGACGUUUCGUUCGCUGACACCGUCAAGACGCUGACGAAAAUCUUCGGUAAGCAAACCUCCGUCUUCAACAAGCGAUACCAGUGUUUGCAGCUGGUCAAAUCUGAGACGGACGACAUUAUCAGCUAUGGUGGUAAAGUCAACAGGGCGUGUGAAGAGUUCGAGUUUCAAGACCUGAAGAUCGACCAAUUCAAGUGCUUGAUUUUCGUGUGCGGACUCAAGGCACCACGCUACGCGGACAUCCGAGCAAGGCUACUUUCCCGCAUCGAAGGUGAAACGCCAGAAGCGCCAGUGACGAUCCAGACUCUGAUCGAUGAGUUCCAGCGGCUCGUCAACCUCAAGUCGGACACCACGAUGAUCGAACAUCCAUCAAGUUCGAAGCAAUCGGUCCACAGCGUUUCGGAGAAGAAACCUAAACCUGGAAAUCGUCCACCGAGAACGGAAAGCAAGUCAAACCCUCGUACUCCCUGCUGGCAGUGUGGUCAAAUGCACUACGUGCGUGACUGCUCAUUCUCGGACCACCUGUGCAAGGUAUGUAAUCGCGUCGGCCACAAAGAAGGCUACUGUGGCUGCGUGAAAAAGUCUUCAAGCGACUCUUCAACUCCACCCCGUGUGAAGAAGCAGUACCAGAAGAAGAAGAAGCCCGGUUCCAGAUCUCAAGCCAAAGGAAUUUUCGUGAAUCACAUCGCAAACACCACCCGGCGGCGCAAGUACGUGACCAUCACCAUCAACAACGUCACUAUUCCGCUACAGCUGGACUCCGCAAGCGAUAUCACCGUAAUUUCCAAGGCAACGUGGCAACAUCUGGGACGACCGAAGCUGACUCCGUCAUCGAUUGAAGCAUCCAACGCAUCCGGUGGACAACUCGCUCUUAUCGGCGAAUUCAAUUGUGAAGUCACCCUCAACGGCAUGGUCAAGCGUGGCCAGUGUUUCGUGACGUCAUCACCGGACCUCAACGUUCUGGGCAUCGAUUGGAUCGAGGCAUUCAACCUGUGGUCAGUUCCUUUCGACUCGCUCUGCAGUCAAGUUGCAGCAGCGCCCGGACCAUGUUUCGACGAAGUCACAGCUCAGCUUCAAGCCGACCAUCAGGCGGUUUUCGAUAGCUCGUUGGGCCACUGCAAGAAAACAAAGGUAAAGUUAUUUCUAAAACCUAACGCCAAACCCGUUUUCUGUUCGAAGCGACCGGUCCCGUUCAACACGGUUCCACUGGUGGAUGCAGAGCUAACCCGUCUGCAAACUUUGGGAAUCAUCACGCCGAUCGAUUUCUCGGAGUGGGCCGCACCGAUCGUGGCAGUACGGAAGCCAAACGGUAAAGUUCGCAUCUGUGCGGACUAUUCCACGGGACUCAACGAAGCGCUGGAGAGCAACCACUAUCCUCUACCCACCCCGGAGGAAAUCUUUGCCCAACUCAACGGCAGUGUGGUGUUCAGCGUCAUCGACCUCUCCGACGCGUAUCUCCAGGUGGAAGUCGACGAAGAAUCGAAGAAACUUCUCACCAUCAAUACGCACCGAGGUCUGUUCCAGUUCAACCGCCUAGCUCCUGGUGUGAAGUCAGCACCUGGAGCGUUUCAACGACUGGUCGACGGCAUGAUCGCUGACAUCCCUGGUGUUCGAACGUUUCUCGAUGAUGCCAUCAUAUUCGGACCAACUUGGGAAGCACACAAGGCGUCUCUGGACAUGCUACUGCAGCGUCUGGAGGAAUAUGGAUUCCACGUCAAGCUGGAGAAAUGCCGGUUUUUCCAAACCGAACUAGGCUACUUGGGGCACAUCGUGGACUGCAACGGCAUUCGCCCGGAUCCGGAGAAGCUCCAAGCCAUCGCCUCCAUUCCGGCACCAACCAACGUUUCCGAACUGCGAUCAUUCCUGGGAGCCGUUAACUUCUACGGCCGUUUUGUUCGCAACAUGCAUGAGAUUCGUCAUCCUCUCGACAAGCUACUCAAGAAGGAUGCGAAGUGGCAGUGGAAUUCCGAUUGCCAACGGUCUUUCGAGCGAUUCAAGCAGAUUUUGCAGUCCGAUAUGUUGCUGACGCAUUAUGAUCCGAAGUUACCAAUCAUCGUAGCAGCGGACGCUUCAAGCACGGGCAUCGGCGCAGUUAUCUUCCACGAAUUCCCCAACGGACAUCUGAAGGCAAUCCAGCACGCAUCAAGAUCCCUCACUCCGGCGGAACAAGGUUACGGGCAGCCGGAAAAAGAAGCACUGGCACUCACCUACGGCGUAACGAAGUUCCACAAGUACCUCCUAGGACGCCGAUUCACUCUUCUGACGGACCACAAGCCACUGUUAUCCAUCUUUGGUUCGAAGAAGGGUAUUCCAUUGCACACCGCAAAUCGCCUUCAACGGUGGGCGUUAAUGCUCCUCAACUACGAUUUCGACAUCCGCCACGUGUCCACCAACGACUUCGGGUGUGCCGACAUGCUGUCAAGGUUGAUCGACCGUUCCAAGCAACCCGAGGAGGACUACGUCGUAGCAGCGAUUUCCCUGGAAGAAGAUAUGGUAAGCAUUCCCGGAUAAAAACUAACCAUAGGGUGUUUGGUGAAAACCCAGGUACCAGUCUCUUUCAAAGCCAUUCAGGAAGAGACGAAGGCAGAUGAAGCUCUACAAACGGUGUUGAAGUUCAUCCGUGACGGUUGGCCAAACGAUGCACGGUCAAUCACAAACCCCGAUGUUCGUCCGUACUUCAACAGACGGGAAUCCCUCACCCACGUCGACGGGUGUAUAUUGUUCCACGACAGGGUUGUCGUUCCAAACAAAUUCCGAAGGCAAGUUCUGAAGCAAUUUCAUCGUGGACAUCCCGGCAUGGUACGCAUGAAGUCGAUUGCCCGCAGUUUCGUCUACUGGCCGGGGAUCGACAACGACAUCGAGGAUUACGUUCGGCGGUGCACUCCAUGCUGCACUGCGGGAAAGGCACCAAUCAAAACAACGCUUGAAUCAUGGCCCAUUCCAGACAAGCUGUGGUCCCGCAUCCAUGUGGAUUACGCCGGACCUGUGGAUGGUGUAUUUUUCCUGGUGGUGGUGGACCCGUACACCAAAUGGCCUGAAGUGUACGCAACGAAAACCACUACGACGAAGACAACAACGAAGCUACUCUCUCAAUCGUUCGCAACGUUCGGAGUACCGGAAACCAUAGUAUCCGACAAUGGUACUCAGUUCACCAGUCACGAAUUCAAGACGUUCUGCGAACAGCAUGGCAUCCGCCACGUCCGCACUGCACCAUUCCAUCCUCAAUCCAAUGGGCUAGCAGAAAGGUUCGUGGACACGCUGAAGCGGACUCUUCGGAAAAUUCGAUCGGGAGGAAACACACUGGAGGAAGCGCUGCAGACAUUUUUGCAAGUUUACCGGUCAACUCCAACGACCGACCUCGGUGAAAAGUCUCCUGCAGAGGUGAUGUUCGGACGACCGAUCCGUACAGUUUCGACGUUGUUACUACCGCCCAAGCAUUCCGCACCAGAACUACAACCGAAGGCCAGGAAGCAGAACGAGCGUUUCAACAAGAAGCACGGAGCAGUUUCGAGGAAGUUUGCUCCCGGCGAUCCCGUAUAUGCUCAAGUCCAUCAAGCGAAUUCCUGGCAGUGGCAAGCCGCCACGGUCAUCGAGCGUAUCGGCAGUGUAACGUACAACGUUUUCCUGGAGGAUCGUCAGAGGCUCAUCCGCUCGCACACAAACCAGCUCAAGCACCGUGCGGUUGACUCUGCUCCAGAUCCUGUUCCGAGUCAAAAUUCAAGCCCACUAUCGAUAUUCUUCGACGGCUUUGGAUUAGAUGUGGCGUCUCAAGCAGUUCCGAAUCCGGCACCCGCCGAACUGGAUCAGCGCAACCUGGAAAUAGGAACAGACGAGUCAGAAUAUUUUUCCGAAGAUGACGAUGAAGAACCACCUCAACCAGAUCCAGUACCAAUCCCGGUUCCGGCAAGGGAGCGGCGGCAGACCCGUUUACCAGCAAGAUUCGAGCCCUACUGGAUGACUUAAGGGGGGAGAUGUUCGAUCCUAGCAAUCGCAGCAAUCAUUGACUGCGGUGCAUAAGAAAAUUAUUUCAUUCGAAGUGUAUCUGUCAACUAGAAUAAACGUAUUGUAAUUAGCACUA